UAAGGUCUUUUAAGACUUUUGUCUUCCACCUUUCCCUGUUCUGGCUUCAUAGUUUCUGUCCUUUCCCAAGAGCAGCAGAAAAUGAACAAGUAUCAGGGACCAGUAACAUUCAAGGAUGUUAUUGUGGAAUUCAGCCGGGAAGAGUGGCAGUUACUGAGUGCUGCUCAGAGGACCCUAUACAGGGAAGUGAUGCAAGAGAACUAUGGCCUCCUAAUCUCAGUGGGUUACCGUGUGAAAAAGCCGAAUGCAGUCUUCAAGCUGAAACAAGGAAAAGAACCGUGGAUACUGGAAGUAGAAUUUCCACAUCGGAAUUAUCCGGAAGACCUCUGGAAAAUUCAUGACCUAGGAGCGAAAUACCAGGAAAGCCGAGCUGAAAAUUCAAGGAAUGGAGAACUCACAGAACACCAGCAAACUCAAGCCAGAGAGAAAAUCCAUAAAUGCAAUGAAUGUGGAAAGUCCUUCUGCCAGAAGUCUGUUCUCGUAAUACAUCAGCAUAUUCAUUCAAAGGACAAACCCAGGGAAUGUGGAGAAUCUGGCUCUAAAAAUGGAGACCGCACAGUACAACAGAAAGCCCACACCAGAGAGAAAACCUAUGAAUGUAAAGAAUGUAAGAAAACUUUCUAUCACCUGUCAUCUCUUAGUAGACAUUUGAGGACUCACGCAGGGGAGAAACCCUACGAAUGUAAUCAGUGUGAGAAAUCCUUCUACCAGAAGCCACACCUUGUAGAACAUCAGAAAACACACACAGGAGAGAAACCCUUUGAGUGUAGUGAAUGUGGGAAGUUCUUCUAUGUUAAGGCAUACCUCAUGGUACAUCAGAAAACACACACAGGGGAGAAACCGUAUGAAUGUAAGGAAUGUAGGAAGUCAUUUUCCCAGAAAUCACACCUCACAGUACAUCAGAGAACACAUACAGGGGAGAAACCUUAUAAAUGUAAGGAAUGUGGGAAAUUCUUUUCUAGAAAUUCACACCUCAAAACUCAUCAGAGAACUCACACAGGAGAGAAACCCUAUGAAUGUAAGGAAUGUGGGAAAUGCUUCUACCAGAAGUCAGCUCUCACAGUACAUCAGCGAACUCACACAGGGGAGAAACCCUUUGAAUGUAAUAAAUGUGGAAAAAACUUUUACUAUAAAUCAGACCUCACUAAACAUCAGAGAAAACACACAGGAGAGAAGCCCUAUGAAUGUCAUGAAUGUGGUAAAUCUUUCUCUGUGAAUUCAGUCCUCAGAUUACAUCAAAGGACGCACACAGGAGAGAAACCCUAUGAAUGUAAGGAAUGUGGGAAAUCCUUCUCUCAGAAGUCACAUUUUAUCAUACAUCAGAGAAAACACACAGGGGAGAAACCCUAUGAAUGUCAGGAGUGUAGGAAAACUUUUAUUCAGAAAUCAAAACUUACUGCACAUCAGAAGACACACACAGAGGGAAAAAGCUGAUAAAUACUAUGAACUGGGAACUUAUUUUGGAUUUCAUCCUUCAGAAUAAUUGGAUAAUUCACACAAGACAAAAAACUUAGGAAUAUCAAUCUCAGAAAAUUUCAGUCAGAGUCUUUCUUGACAGAAAAGGAAAUAUACAGAAAUUCUUUAAAUCUGUGAGGGAGAACUUUUUACCAUAUGUCAGACUUAAUUAAGUAUCAGACAACCUAGAAAUUGUAAAACAUGAGGGAGACCGUUCUUUUAGAAGUCAUAUUAGAUCGCGCAACAUAGAAAUCAUAUGAGAGAAAUCCUAUAAAAACAAAUGAAUGUCAGGAAAUUUUCUGUCAGGGCAGCCAUCACUAGAUAUCUAAAAGCUUACCUGAGUGAGAAGCUCCUAUCAGUAUCCUUCCUGAGCAUUCAGAGACCUUUGAUACCAGGUGGACUUGGAGCACUCGAAGGUGUAACUGCACAGACUGCAACAGAUACAGAAGCCU